UCCUCGGCGCCGCCGCCACCACCUCUUCCCCGUCCCGAUCCCCACCCGAUUCCACGAACCCCUCCCGAUCCCCACCUCCUCCCCAAUCCCCGAACCCCUCGUCUCCGGCGGCGGCAGCCAUGGUGAAGGAACGCACGGGGCAGCGCGUCAGGCCCUACGUCCGGGGCACCAUCCUAGCCUUCCCGACGCUGGACUCGCUCACGGCGUACCUCCGGCCGCGCCUCCCUGGCCCGGCACUCGCCUCCUGGGGAUCCGCGCCGGGGACCAAGAACCUGCUCAACCUCUUCCUGGAGCUCUCCUGCGGCGACUGCACGCUGCUGCCCGCGGCCUCCUCCCCGCCGGCCCUCGUCAUGCGCGCCGUCCACGUCGCCACCGUGCGCAUCCGCAACCGCCGAGGCGCGCUCCUCCUGGAGACCCGGCAGCUGCUCUCUGACGGCACGCUGCGCCAACGGGCCGCGAGGCCGCUCUCGGAGAAGCUGCGCCCCGGGGUGAUGCGUCGUGCCACUGUGGCUGCUGGUGCCGCUGUUACAUCCGAUUUCAGCAAGAACCAAGGGGACAACGUAGAUUCCAUUGACCAGGGAGGUGUUGAAGGACUGCAGGUUGGAGACUGGGGUGUUGCAAUUGAAGAUCCUACUGAAAGUGGCAACGCUGCCUGGGCACAGUCAACUGCCCAGAUGGAUCCACAAGUACCUGAAUGAACUAAAAGAGCACGCCCUGUCCAGAGAGUUGGUGCUGGUGCGCUGGAGACGGCUAUUAGGGCAUAUGUAGACAAAUUGGGUGACCAUGUAGUCCGUUGCUGCAUUAGGUUUUCUUGGCUGUAAAAGAUGGUUCCCAGGACGUCGUGUUUGGAGAGGAUCGAUGUACUGGAGCAAACGAUCCGGGGGUAUGUGGAUAAGUUGGGAAAGCAUGUUUGAGAGCGGAUCCUACACAGCGGGGAGUGUGCUGCCGCAGCCUGCUAUGCUAGAUGCGGGGAGAACAUCCCAAGCAGACCAGUGUCUAGUUUGUAUGGAGUUUUGGCCAGUGUGGCCGCAGAUACCUUUGGUAACGCUGUGGCAACUGAGAGCGAAGCCUGCAAUGGAUACAUAACCUCUGCUACUAGAGUUGGAGACGCGGUGGACGGCGACCAGCUAGCUGUGAUUCACGAGCGUAGCGAGAGUGACGAUGCAUCAUCGGCGCAAUCGAUGGGAAAGAUGGACGGAAAGGUAACACUAAUCUAUAUCUGACAGGCUGUAAAUACUUUGAAUGUGGAUUACGCCCGAAUGAGUGAAUAACAGUGAAUAGUUGUGGCCGAAGCUGACACAGUGGAAGAUAAGUGUAGAUGUCGAUAGCUUGAAGGGAGUGGUACUAUAGUUCAGUGGAAAAUUCAUGAAAUAUUUGAAUAAUGAAACAUGCAUGUCUGAAAAAUGCAGAUACACAGUUUCUUA